AUGGAUGUCUCCUCUACUUCUGCAUCUCCUCCUUUGGUUUGUAGACUCAAGAAGUCUUUAUGUGGCCUCAGGCAGGCAUCUAGGCAAUGGUUUUCUAAAUUGUCUGAAGCUCUGCAUUCCGGAGGCUACAUUUCUAGUCUCAAUGACUAUUCCUUCUUCACUAAGUCUUCUUCUGAUUCUCUAGUGGUAUUGGCUGUUUAUGUUGAUGACAUAUUGUUAGCUGGUGAUGACCUUUCUGAACUUGACUCUUUAAAACAAUUCUUGGAUUCUCAAUUUAAAAUCAAGGAUCUAGGUUUGGUGCACUACUUCCUAGGUUUGGAGAUUUCUCAGCAUCCCCAAGGUUACUUAAUGAAUCAACAAAAAUACACCACUGAUCUUCUUCAGAAAUUCAAUUGUCAUCAUUUCUUCCCUAUUUGCACUCCUUUGGAUUCUUCUCUUACGCUUACUGUGGACAUGGGUGCCCCUGUUUCUGAUCCUAGUGUAUACAGAAGAUUAAUUGGGAAAUUGAAUUUCCUCCAACAUACAAGACCUGAUAUUUCAUUCUCUGUUCAACACCUCAGCCAGUUCCUUCAGAAGCCCCAGGUUCCCCAUAUGAUGGCAGCUAUCCAUGUCCUGAGAUAUCUUCUGAAUGAUCCUGCUCAAGGUAUACUGCUCUCUAGUUUUGAUGACUUCUCUCUUGUGGGGUUUUCUGACUCUGAUUGGGGAUCUUGUGCAAUCUCUCGCACGUCUGUUAGUGGGUUUUACAUAUCUCUUGGUGGCAGCCCUGUUUCCUGGAAGAGUAAGAAACAGCCUACCAUAUCCUUGUCUUCAACCGAGGCUGAAUAUAGAGCAUUGAGGAAGCUGGCAACAGAGGUUUCUUGGUUGGUCAGACUUUUGGGUGACCUUGGUUUGGUCAUUUCAUAUCCUGUUCCUGUUUAUUGUGACAGUCAAGCUGCCCUCCACAUUGCCAAGAACCCUGUUUUUCAUGAGCGCACCAAACACAUCGAGAUUGAUUGCCAUUAUGUAAGGGAGUGCAUCACAGCUGGUCUUCUCACUUUGCACUUUGUAUCUUCUUCAGGACAACUGGCAGAUAUUAUGACUAAAGCAUUGCCCAGCCAGCUGCAUUAUGGUAUUCUUGGCAAGCUUGGUGUUUCAUCACCCUCAAGCUUGAGGGGGGUGUUAGAGCCCAGUCUACUACACACACAGCUGUCCCAAUACUGUGACCCGGCCCACAGUGCCUUUGACUCUGUAUAUACCUCCAGUGAGGAGCUUGAAUCUGUUUGUGGAAACAAUGGAGGAUAUGUUGAGGGAAUCGAGUGUUUAUACAGGGAGGAUGUACCCUAG